AUGUUUACCCUAAAAGUGCAAGUUAAUGAUAUAAUCAGUCAUCAAUAUCUACACCAAGCUGUUGUAGACGUCUUUGUCAACUAUACUAAAACAAAUUCUACUCUAACUGGAAAAAAUGGAGCAGUAUUGAUACAGGUUCCCUAUCAGCUAGGUCUGAGUUUAACCAUUGUUUCUUAUAAAGAUGGUUAUAUGUUAACAUCUUUACCUUGGAAAACUGGGAGAAUGCCAAUAUAUUCAUCUGUUACACUUUCAUUGUUCCCCCAAAGCCAGGCAAAUAUAUGGCUAUUUGAUGAUACAGUUUUAAUCACUGGGAAAUUAUCUGAUGCGAAAUCUCAGCCAAGUGUUCAGUUUCCAAAAUACCUAAUUAAACUUCCUGUGAACCACCAUAUCACUAAUGUAACAGCGUAUCUUACAGUGCCGCAACAGUUUUUAAAAGUGGAACAUUUUUUCUAUACAACAGGGAUUCUUUUAAAUAAAUCAGGUUUCAAAAGUAUUGAAUUGACCCCCCUUGCUGCAAUAUGCGUAAAGGUAUUUUCAGGUGGGAAAGAACUGCAAGUGGAUGGCUCCAUUCAGCUCACCUUACCUCUUCUGCCUACAAGUGAGGUAAAAGCAGGGGAACCUAUCUCAGCCUGGACUUUUGAUAUGAAAACUGGUGCUUGGAUUAACCGUGGCCUGGGAAUGGUAAAGAACAUGGAUGAUCACUUAGUAUGGACAUAUACUGCUGCAAGUCUGGGAUAUUGGAUAGCAGCCCCAUUGCCUGGAACUAGAGAUUCCAUUAUUACAACGGUUACUAAAGAUAUCUCUGCCUACCACACAGUAUUCCUCACAGCGAUAUUAGGAGGCACCGUCACCAUCAUUGCUGGGUUCUUUGCACUUCUGCUUUGCUAUUGUGGGGAUAAAUGUGGUCGUCCAAAAAAGAGAAAGAAAAGUCCAACUAAACCAGACAUUUUAAAAAAAGACCAAACAACUUCAACGACUCACAUGAAUCAUAUCGGUGGAGCCAAAGGAUCUUUGAAGCCAGAGGACAAAUCUAGAUUGUAUUCACCCAAAGUAGCAUCUUACAGCCCCCAGAGACGGGUUUCAGCUGAAGGUGAGGAGAGGAAAGCCCAAGACAAUUUUAAAGUUUACACAGAAGGUACUCCGUACCAAUUCUCUGGUAAAAAUCUCCAGUGUAGGAGCUCACCCCAGUCCUUGGAAGUUAAAACAGAUUUGAGACACCUUCCGCCAGUGAAACACCUCAGUGGAAGUCUUCCCCCUUCCCAAAAUGCACAAGAGCAGAAUCAGUAUCUCCCAAUGACCGAGGAGAUUUAUGGGCUCUCUUCACUCCCAGAACAAUUAAUGCAUCUCUAUAGCCAGCCUGCUGCUAUGCUUCAAACAUCUGAGCUAUUUCACUCCCAAGAGCAAUUGCAUGCUGCAAAGUCAGCUACUUUACCAAGAAAAGGACAGUUAGUCUACACCCCUGUGAUGGAGAGUAUGAGUCACGAAAAUUAUACCCAGACAUUGCCCAAAAUGCCAAUGCACGUUCUCUUGCAGGAACCAACUUCCAGAGAUGAAACAGUUGCUAUAGAUAGGCAACAAGGCUUGUCCCCUCAGACUGCCAACUGGGGCCGCUACACUAGUAGCUUGCUGGAGUCGGUUUCUGUCCCAGGAACGUUAAAUGAAGCUGUGGUGAUGACACCAUUUUCAUCAGAACUUCAGGGCAUUUCGGAGCAAACCUUACUGGAGCUUUCCAAAGGAAAACAGUGUCCACAUCCAAGAGCAUGGUUUGUGUCAUUAGAUGGCAAACCAAUAGCUCAAGUGAGGCAUUCAUUCAUUGAUCUGAAGAAGGGCAGGAAGACUGAGAGCAAUGAUACUAGCUUAGACUCAGGUGUGGACAUGAAUGAGCAUAACCCAAGUCGAAAAUUGGAGAGAGAGAAAACCUUUAUUAAAAGCACGCAGCAUUCUAAGAUACUUUACCUAGAAGACUUGGAUCUGAGUACCAGUGAAUGUGGGACCAGGGUUUCAACCCCUGAGGAUCAAGCUGUGAAGCAUAUGCCAGAAGGAGAUAAUGACCCCAUCAUAAAGCAAGAGCUCCUGGAAGAGAUGCCAAGAAGAAAAAGCAAGGCAAAAAAGCAUGAGGCCAGCCCUCCCCCUGGGAAGAAACAGGGAAGACCACGUCUAACUAAGACAGAAAGCAAAACAAAUAUCUGGAAAAAGAGAGAGGAGAGACCACUCAUUCCAAUAAAUUAACAUUA